UUUCAGACAUUUUUGGUUGCUAUCGAAAGCUUUUCAGUAAACCGAUGAGGAAAAUGGCAAUCAAAUUAGUUUUGUACUGUCUGUGUUUGUGGCAUCUGCUUGGUGUUUCUGGUGAUUCAGAUGGAGUGAAGUCAGUGUCAGUGAACGAGGGACAUUCAAUCACGCUAAACUCUGAUCUUACUGAAAUGCAGACUGAUGAUGAGAUAAUCUGGAUGUUUGGACCAAACAACUUGCUCAUAACAAGUAGAGCGUCCGGUAAAAUCUCUAUAUAUGAUGCUCUUGAUGGAAGAUUCAGAGACAGACUGAAGAUGGAUCAUCAGACUGGUUCUCUGACCAUCACAAACACCACAAUCACAGACUCUGGACUUUAUCAAACAAUAAUUAGUGGAAUUAGUGAGAUUAGAUACAGAUUCCAUGUUACUGUCUAUGCUCAUCCGCCUGUUCCUGUCAUCAGCAGAGACUCUUCAUCAUGUUCAUCAUCAUUACAGCAGAAUUGUUCAUUGUUGUGUUCAGCAGUGAAUGUGGGUCAUGUGACUCUCUCCUGGUACAAAGGAAACAGUUUAUUGUCCAGCAUCAGUGUGUCUGAUCUCAGCAUCAGUCCCUCUCUACCUCUGGAGGUGGAAUAUCAGGAUAAAAACACCUACAGCUGUGUGAUCAACAAUCCCAUCAGCAACCAGACUCAACAUCUGGACAUCAGCAAACUCUGUCAACCAUGUUCAGGUGUGUCUGGUGAUUCAGAUGGAGUGAAGUCAGUGUCAGUAAAGGAGGGAGGUUCAAUCACUCUAAACUCUGGUCUUACUAUAACGUAUAAUUAUAUGGUAAUGUAGAGAUUUUAUGGUACUGUGGAUGUUUGGACUGAACAACAUCCUCAUAACUAAACUCAAUAGAGUGUCCAGUAGGAUAAUUACAUAUGAUGGUCCUGAUGGGAGAUUCAGAGACAGACUGAAACUGGAUGAUCAGACUGGAUCUCUGACCAUCACAAACACCACAACCGCAGACUCUGGACUUUAUGACAUGACCAUCAGAGGAAACAGACACAUCAGAUACAGAUUUCACGUUACUGUCUCUGAAUCGGAAGUUGGCAUAGAUCGGUAAACUUCGACAAUGGUGAACGGGAGACUACAGCAGGUAUUGUUUUUGUGUUUUCAUUUGAUAAAACAGGAAAACACAGAAGUCAAGUUGAGUUGAAUGUUUUAUUUUUCUAAACCUUGCACAAAAAAACAAAAAACAAACAAACAAAAAAAAAAACAUACAAUAGGAUUUUUGUUAAGAUCAUCAUACUUGAAUUUUUAGUAUGAUUCAGCUCACGUGUUUCAACUGAAGAGUUUCAAAUCAGUUAUUUUGCUCAGUGCCAAAAUACCUCAGACAAACAAAUGCAAAAUGUUCUAAAUGAACAAAUGCAUUUACAGUUUGCUGUGUUUUUCAAUUGUUAAUUUUCAAUUGCUACAUUUUGUUUUAACAACACAUGCAAACAGUGCUGUAACAUAACCGAGAGGAGGGAUGCU